CAAUGGGGUAAUAAGUAAAAAAGGUCAUCGAACUGGGAAAAGAAAUCCCUCCCACGACCAUAAAUCGCAUUUUUUGUUGCAAACUAAUAAAGAACAUUUUCUCCACUUAAAGCUUAGCAUAGAUAUCUUUCGAAGUGAAAUAUGCGAGAUCGCAUUGUUUUUUAGGGAGCUGCCAAACAAAUUCUAGGGUUUUGGCCAACUGAUUGGAAACGGUAAUUGAAACUCUUGAGUCGAGCAACGCGGCAUUGCAGGCGGAUUUGUGUGGUGGCGCCAUGUACAGUGGUUCUAGCGACGGCGAGAGUCACGAUGCUCAGAGAAAGAUCCCACCGCCGUCGUCCAUGCUGUGGGUGCGAAAUCUCCGAAGGUAUAUUGGAUCCGGCGCCGGACUCGGAUCCGAAGCUCUAAUGGAGCUUGAGACAAAAAGAAUUCUGCUUGAUAUAUUUAAGGAAAAACAGCAAAAGAGCGCGGAAGCUGGUACAAUCCCUAGUUUUUAUAAGAAGAAACCGGAAGAAGGAUCAAUCAGUCACAGGGUGCAAAGACUGGCUAAGUAUCGGUUUCUGAAGAAGCAAUCAGAUCUUUUACUAAAUGCUGAUGAUUUGGAUGCUAUGUGGGUUUGCUUGAGAGAAAAUUGUGUAAUUGAUGAUGCUACUGGCGCAGAGAAGAUGAAUUAUGAAGAUUUUUGCCAUAUUGCUUCUGUAUGCACGGAGCAAAUAGGUCCCAAAUGCAGAAGGUUUUUCAGCCCAUCCAAUUUCAUGAAAUUCGAGAAAGAUGAAUCAGGAAGAAUUGCUAUUCUUCCUUUCUAUCUAUACGUGAUGCGGACGGUUUCACUCACACAAGCUAGAAUAGACAUGAGUGAGCUUGAUGAAGAUUCUGAUGGCUUCCUUCAACCCCAUGAAAUGGAGGCUUAUAUCAGAGGUCUCAUCCCUAAUUUAGCACAACUGCGGGAUAUGCCUGGAGUCUUUGUUCAAAUGUACUGUCGUAUAGCUGCACAUAAAUUCUUCUUCUUUUGUGAUCCGCACAGGCGAGGGAAAGCUUGCAUUAAGAAAGUGCUUCUCAGCAACUGCCUGCAGGAGUUAAUGGAAUUGCACCAGGAGAGUGAGGAGGAAGUCACUGACACAGAACAAGCUGAAAACUGGUUCUCUCUUACGUCUGCACAGCGCAUAUGUGAUAUGUUCCUGGACCUCGAUAAAGAUAGAAAUGGAACAUUGAGCAAGCAAGAGCUUAAAGAAUAUGCUGAUGGGACAUUGACAGAAAUCUUCAUUGAAAGAGUAUUUGAUGAACAUGUCCGCCGUGGCAAGAGUGGAGCAGGAAAUGCACGCGAGAUGGAUUUCGAAAGUUUCCUUGACUUUGUUCUGGCCCUGGAGAAUAAAGACACUGCUGAAGGGCUGACAUAUUUGUUCCGCUGUCUCGAUCUUCAGGGGAGGGGAUUUCUAACAACGGCUGAUAUUCACUCCCUUUUCAGAGACGUGCAUCACAAAUGGAUUGAGGGUGGGAACUACGAGCUGUGUAUUGAGGAUGUGAGAGACGAGAUCUGGGACAUGGUGAAGCCAGCCGAUGAACUGAGGAUCACCCUGGCCGAUCUGCUCUCUUGUAAACAGGGUGGAACAGUUGCCAGCAUGCUCAUAGAUGUAAGAGGUUUCUGGGCCCAUGAUAACAGGGAAAAUCUUCUCCAGGAAGAGGAAGAACCUGAGGAAGAAUAGCUCUUCCAAUCAUGCCGACAAGGAAGAUGUUCGACGAAACCAUGGCAGCAUCAACUAGAUUUCCAGUUCGUGCACUAACCCAGAUCACUUCCGUUCGGGCUUUCUGGUCCAAGUUGUAAUGUUUGUUAUGUAUUUGUAAUAAUGUAAUCUAUCAUGUCAUUGAUGUGUAAAGAGUGGCAACAAUAACACGUAUUGUUUUAUAUCUUCACUUGUGACGGUACAUUUGUGAACAAUCAACAACUGAUAUUUUCGACAUAGAAAGACAAUGUUAUUGAUGUUAAAUUACAAGUAAAAUAUAGGUAUCAAUAACUAUUGAUCUCAAGACGAUAUCUUGC